AAAUAAGCGUGUUAGCGAUCGACCUGGCGGAGCUAAAAAAAAUUACAUUGCAGUUUUUGUUAUAGGUAUUGUGUUUUCUGUAUUAACGAAUCACGGAACUUUUUGGAUGUUAAUUUUUGUGAUUUGGGAUGUGUCGUUCAAUUGUUUACUUGAACUAGUGCCUUUAAAGUGUUUUUCAGGAAAAUGAAUCUGAUACUAAUAUUUCUGUCAAUAUGUUUAUUCGUUUGUUUACCACCGGCCGGCCAUACUUUCAACGGAGAAUUAGCCGAACAAGAAUGUCCAGAUGAGUGCGAAUGUCAUUAUUUCCGUAUCAACUGGGUGACGGAUUGUUCCAGUAGCAAUUUGUCAGAAAUACCUUAUGAGGAACUUAGUCCAAAUGUUUAUGUUUUGGACUUGAAUGAUAAUUUAAUAGCUGACAUUGGACCAUUCCCGCCAGAUAUUAAAAUGAGACGGUUACAAGUUGCUAAUAACCUUAUGGUAGAGCUCAAGAAGGAGUCAUUUAAAGGCUUGAACUACCUAAUAGAUGCCGAUUUUUCAGGAAACUAUAUAAAAAAAAUUGAUCCCGACUUAUUUUUUGACUCCGCUGGUUUCUUAACUCUGGAGCUACAGAACAACCCUCUUGAUCCAGUGGAAGGACCAUUCCUGGCGAUAAACACCCUUUUAUAUUUAGAUAUCAGUAACUGUUCUCUGAAUUAUUUGAACGAGCACUUUUUUGAAAACACCACCUCUCUGACCACCUUGGAUUUGUCCGAUAAUCCGCUUAAUAUUCUUGAUACGCGCGCAUUCGAAAAAUUAACUAGCUUAGAGACACUGAAAUUAAAUAAUUGUAAUUUAACGGCAAUAAUGGCUGAUACGUUUACAGCUCAGCAUGGUUUAAAAACAUUAGAGCUUAGCGGUAAUAACUUUUUGAGUCAGGCAAACUGGGAGGCUGUUUUCUCAAAACUGCCUCUAUUAGAAAAUUUAGAUUUGCGACAUUCUUAUGCUAACCAAUUAACCGAGACGACCUUUUCAAAUAAUCAAUAUUUAAGGGUUUUAGUCUUGGCGGAAAAUAAUUUAACAGAUAUAGAUGUAGGUAAAACUAUUAUGGAUUUGUAUAAUUUAGAAACAUUGGACUUGUCCGACUGCAACUUAACAGUACCGCUAUCCGAAGAUACCUUCGCAAAUUCAACCAAAAUAAGGAAUCUUGAUCUCUCAGGAAACACUCUUUUCGCAUCUGACUUGUUGGUUGCUUUAUCGCCUCUCGCAGACUUGCAAAAACUUUCCUUAAGCAAUUGCGAGUUACGACGACUGCCCGACACCUUCUAUAACUUCAAGAGUCUUCAUGAGUUAGAUAUAUCUCGUAAUCCACUCAACGAUGCCUUUAUACAAUUGCUAGCACCUUUGGAAACUUUAGAAUAUUUAAAUAUGGGAUACAGUAAUUUAUCUUCUAUUGCUCCUGAUUCAUUUACCAAAAUGACAUCCAUGAAGCGUUUGGUUUUGUCAGGAAACGAUCUCAACAAUUUGGAAGCUGGAUUAUUUAAUAAUUUGACUCAUUUGGAAAGUUUGGUUCUAAAUUUCUGUGGUUUGCGUCGUCCGCUUAACGCAACGUUAUUCUUUAACAACUUCACUUAUACAGAUUUAACAGAAUUGCAGUUAGCAGGCAAUCCACUUCGAGUGUCAAAAACUGGUCCAAUUUUCCCCAAACAACUUUCCAGACUUCUAAUAUUAGAUCUUAGUAAUUGUAAUUUAACUUUCUUACCACCCGAUGCAUUCUUUUGGACAAGAAACAUAACAACUCUAAUUAUUGCUGGAAAUCAUUUUAGUUCUCCCAAUAAUUUCCAAUUUUUGGAACUGUUGCCGAAAUUAGAAGUACUAGAUUUAACCAAUAACAACUUGACAACAUUGUCGCCAAAAGAAAUCGGGUUCAACAAUCAAAUUACCAAACUAAAACUAAUAGGCAAUCCAUGGAAAUGUAGCUGUUCUAUAGCAGAUCUGUGGGAUUGGGCCAAUAUUGAGAGAGAAGAUUUAAGUAUUUUGGAAGGAUCAACAAUUGGUGCUGCUGAUGUUACAGUUGGAAAGUAUAAGAGGAAACGGUUACUUGUUUGUAGUUACGAUCAAAAAGUUGGUUUACCAUUGAUUAUGAACAAAACAGUAGCUGGUAGAAAACCAUUUAAACAACCGCAAAGAAAAAUUUCAACAUCAACUAGGACUUGGGCUAAAUAUGUCAGAGAAUCUGGAUGCGAACCAUCUCCAAAUCUUUCUCGUUCUAGAUCUGCCAGAUCAGUUGACUCGAUAGGUUACAUGGCUAAACCAGGACCAUAUGGCAAUACAGAAGAAGCUGGGGUCAUUCACACUUGUGCAGUUUAUGGAAUGGUCUUGGCGCUGUUUGCGACGAUUUUUCUAAUUGUAAAUAAAAGACGAAGUGUAGAAGAUUCGCAUAAGAAUAAUUAGCUAAUAUUGUGGUCAAAGUUUCAAUCGAGCACCAACAAAAAAAAAGUGGACAUUUGCUCGUACAUAGGUACAUAAGUAUCACAAUACUCACCUUUGAAGCUACAUAAUAUGGCUUUUGAGCUUGAUAUUUUUUUUGCAGGAAUACGAAUAUGAUUGUUAUAGAUUUAUCACCGAUGAUAUUAAUUUAUUUUUUGACUAUAUCAUUCGUUGUUAUACCAUGUACUCAGUAUACUUACAACUUCCUAAAAAAGGAGAGAAUAAGUAGGACCUAUUAGACAUUUAGAUGGACGUAGGGUUUUAAAACAAUACCUAACUCAACUUGUAUUAUUUUUAUAAAAAGCUUUUUAUUUGUAUUGAUUUUAUAUAUUUAAAGAAAGUUAAUAUACAUUUACUAUUGA